AGAUUUCAUCUCAGACAGAAGCAGACUCUCUACAAAUGGUCGUUCAAGUGACUCCACGAAUUCGCCACGGCAACAAGGCAAUGGAGGGAAGAGAGCAGAAAGUGGAGGCCAAUAUUUUGCUACUCGGAGCUGAAAACGUGGGGAAAUCUGCACUCACAGUGCGAUUCCUGACUAGAAGAUUCAUUGGAGAAUAUGGUGAUAUAGAAUCCAUCUACAGCCACUCUGAUAAGAUUGACGGCCGUGAAAUUUGCUUCAACAUCUGGGACUCGCUUUGCCCACAGAACAGCGAAGAUGCUGGACAAAUCAGUGACCGACAGCUGGAGUGGACGGAUGGCUUCAUCCUGGUCUACAGCAUCUGUGACCGUGCGAGUUUUAACGUGGUUCGGAGGCAGGUCCAGCGCAUCCGGCAGGCCAAGUCAAAGCUCUCGGCUCCGGUCAUCAUCGUAGGAAACAAGAGGGACCUGCAGCACCGACGGGCCGUGUCCAGCGAAGAAGGACGCUUACUAGCCCUCUCUGCAGACUGUGGCUUCUUCGAAAUCUCUGCUGCAGAGACGUACCACGGCGUGUUGGUGGUGUUUCACGAACUGCUCGACCUCAUUCGGGAGGCGAGGACGCCUAAGAAAGGAGCUGCCGGGUUCAGAGGCAUCGUGAGGAGCAUGUCCGCCGUGUUUGGGAGGAAACGGACUGAAUAGACUGAGACUUCUCUUAAGAGAAGAGUGAUCAGAUACCACACUCUUAAAAAUAAAGGUGCCAGAUAGGUUCUUUGGAGUGAUUCCAUUUGGAGAACCACUUUUGGUUCCCUAUAGGACCUUUCAGUGUGAGCAUGGAGAACCUUUUUAAAGUUUAAGGACAAUCAAGCUAAUGAAAGGCUUUUCCUAGAACUGUACAUCCAAGACCAAGAACCACUCAGGAACCUUUAUUUUUAAGAGUGCACCUUAAGAAAAUCCAUAUUGGACCAGGGAUUUGUAUGUGGGGGCAUCACUGAUUAGCACGAAGUGGACAAUCAUAUUUGAAUGUUCUAAGAAGGUUCAAAUUCAGAGACAGCUCAUAAGGUCAAUAAUGGUUUUGAAUCUGUAUGAAGGAUGAGUCUCGUAUGCUAAUGUCUUUGAAGCUAAGCUACACCUUUUCUGAGUCAUUAAUACUGGCAUUAACAGAGCACGCGGAAAAAACAAGGAAAUCAUGCUGUUUUUGUCUAUGCAAAACAAAACGCCUGCCAGCUAUGCCUAAAAAGAAGCAGAGUCAAAUAUGUAUUGCCUUAUACAGUCACUUCAGCUUCAUUGUUGGAAGCUCGAGUCUGGCAUUCAUUUACAUGGACCUUGAACCAAUAACAUCCUGGUGAUCCAUGACUGCCUUUGAAUGUUUUAAUGGACGUUCAGAUCUCUAAGCUAUGUUUAAUGGGAAGGUCUGGUAUAAAUGUUUGUCAGAUGCCUUGUUGUAUAUAUUGUUAAUAGUACAGAGAGGUUAUGUAUGAUUUUUAUAAUAAAAGGUGAAAUGAG